AAGUAUUUGAGCAUUCAAGUUUGACCUGAAGUACAGACGACGUUUCGAACGUUUCUUGUGACUAUAGUUUAUUGUGCAUAUCGAAUUAAAACAACGCAAAACUGUGUUUUCGUUUAGUGUGAAUUAAGCAAAGGCAGAAAUUGGACAGUAACAUUCGUCUGGUUUGAUGUAAUUACUUCUCUUAACUUGCCGAUUACUGUUCUAAAUAAAAAUUGCGUCAAAAUGGACGUGGAACAUUACGUUUUUCCGGCAACCGAAACAACUACCGAUUCAUUGGAUAAUCUAAAAAAGGAAAUUGAAAAAGGCUCUUCCACCGAUUCUGUCUUGACCUUUAAAAUGGAAGUGAAAGGAAAUUUGAACGAAAAUGACACGGAGAAAGUGAAAUUUUUAUCGAAAAUUAUUGAAUCGAAAUCGAUUUUGGUGUCAUUCCAAUCCACCUUCGACAACAAGUGCAUAAUUUAUUGGAAAACCAAGGAGUCGAAAGAGUUUUUGAUCCUGAAACUUAUUCAUGGCCAUCAAUUACAAAAUUGCAACGAUAUGGUUCGAGAUUUCUUAAUACUACAAUUGAAAAUGGGACAUUUCGGUCUCCUGCCUAAAUAUAGAGGUUGUGGUGGAAAGGAAAUCACGCUGAGUAUAAUUGCCGACGCAAACGGUUUCAAUCUUCUCAUGGAUGCAUCGGAAAAAGGAAAUGUUGACGUAGUAAAGUACUUAUUAAAACAACAUGUUGACGUAAGUCAUAAAGCUAACGAUAAAUGUGCCGUCGAUUUAGCAUGGGAACGGAAACAUUUUAAUGUCGUUCUCGAGCUGUUAAAAGCAAAUUCAAAGUUUCCCACUGAUAAAUCAUUUCGGGAAGGGUUACCAACCGCCAUACAAAAUUUUGUUGACGUCUGUGAUGGGAUGCAUAGGGCAAUCAAUGAUAAAGACGAGGAAAAAAUUCGAAAUAUUGCAAACGAUAAUCCGCGCCUCCGUCACUUUUUUAACGUGGAUAGUAACAGUUCCGCAAUGGAUCAUACUCUCCGCAAGGGCAAGGGGCACGUCGAAAUUUAUGAGCUUUUAUUUCGAUUGAACAUUUAUUGGGGUCCAAACGAAUCUGCGUUUUUUCAUAAAAUGCCUCGACAGACUGUUCAGGAUAUUCACAACGAUUGUUCAGUAGUUUCACCUCAAAGUCACUUAUUCACAUUAAUUUCAAACUCGCGCCUGUUUAUUGACAAUAUUGAAAACCAUUUUCAAUCGAUCAAAGAAGCUUAUGAAAUCCUAGAUUCAAUUCCAUGCAUCAAACCGAUUCUACAAGUGGUUGCUGCAUCACAAAACUUUAACAUUUUUUUCGAUUUCAAUCGAGAUACGGUGAAGCUGAUGGAUCCGCUAACGGUGCAGUCAGCUAAUGGAAUGUUCUAUCCGGAAGGCAAACUUUAUCUUGCAUUCAAAGAAUUUCUGCAUGCGGACACCAAAUUUAAAGCCAUCGGAGUGUUGGCGCACGAACUUUGCCACUUUGCAAUGCAUUUAGUGUUUAGAAAUGACAGAAAACCAUAUGCGGUUGAUGAUAGGGAAACAGAGAUCGAAUUUGAACGAAUUACGAAACUUUACAAUGAUCGAAAUCAUGACGAAGAAAUCAUUAGAUUGGUGUACGUUUACAAAGUCGAUAAACAUCACACCGAGCUAAUUGUCAGAGUUCCUCACAUUAUGGCUCAUUAUCAUCGAAAUCGCGAUAGAUUUGGGGAAUGUCUGAAUGAAUUUGAUGAACUUUUUACGUUUUUUAACACAAAAACUUUGCCGGCUAUAGAGAAAGCUAUACCGGUGAUCGAAAUGAUUUCCAGCGAAAAUAUUAGCUAUGAUCUGUUAACUCCUGAACUACAAUCGAAGGUAUUACUCUCCGAGGUAGAAUGUGAUAGAAAAGCAGUCACAUUGAUGAACGCUCAAAGGUUUGAUGAAUGUAUUUUACAAAAAUUGACUUCUAGUCAAAUAUGCGACAUUCUGAAUAGUAAAGUGAUUAAAGUAGAGACCGACAUCUAUGUGGGACGACAGUUUAUCGACAGAAACAUCGAUAGUCCAUACAUGAAAUCCUUCAUAAAUGACAGUGAUGUCAUCGAUUUCAUCCAUUUGGACAAAUUUAGGUCAUUCCGUGAUCUUGUGACUGAAUCACAAAUCAGCCGCGGAAUAAUUCUUUCAGAUGGUCCCGGUGCUGGAAAGACAACGUCUUUCAAGCAAUUUAAAUUCAAAAUCAAGGCAAUGUAUCCAAACUUUUGGGUUUUUUACAUUGAUUUGAAGCAGCAGAUUGACAUUUACAAAGAAUAUCAAAGUAAAAAAGAAGAAGAAGAAGAAAUAGGAAAUACUAUUGUGAAAAUCUUAAACUUUACGUCCGAUAACGAGAGGUUAACCUUCUUGAAAGAUUUCAAAGAUUCGAACAAUUCACUCUUCUUGUGGGAUGGCUUCGACGAAAUCGCCGAAUCGCUUGAUUACAAAAUGUUUACAUUGAAUUUGAUCCGAAAAAUCAAAUUGUUAGGACAUCAACAGUGGAUUUCAACAAGGCCACAAUAUGCUAGUGAGUUUGAAAUGGAAUUUUCGACAACAGCAUAUAAACUAAUCCCGUUCACAGCAGAAAAUCGAAAAGAGAAUCUUGAAAUGUUUUUCGAGUUAAAAGGAUUACACUCCGAGGAGGUGAGUGAAAAAAUCCACAGCAUUGGCAUGUUUCUGGAGAAAUUAGACUCAACACUGAUCACGCAAGCUUUCAACAAUCCUUUAUUACUUUCCAUUGCAGCUGAAAAUUCAUUGCAUGAAAACCUAGAGGACUGCAACGUUUAUUCAAUGUACGAAAAAUUCAUUUUUGAAAAAGUCAAAAAGUUACGCGAUAAAGGUGAUGUGAUACAAAAUAUUCGCGACCAAGCUAUUGUUGAUGGCGUUAAUAUAACGAAAGUUCAUCAGAAAUCUGCUCUCGAUUCGCUUUUCUCCGUUUCCAGCGACAAAUAUUUGGGACGAACGAUAAGAAUAUCUCAGCUAAAAGUUCUUGGUCAGGACGACAAAAUGUCGAAAAAUAAAAGUUCCGUUUAUGGGAUCUCUUUCGUUAAACAUGAUAAACUCAAGACAAACUCGGAUAAACUUGAAUUCGUUCAUCCAACGUUUGCCGAAUUUUUCGUUGCGCAAUUUUUAAUCAAAAGUUGUUUCAACGUAAAUCGUGAAGAGAAUGAUGAAUUCGACAGCGAUUGGGAUUUGAAUGAGUUUGACGCAACACAAAUCAUAUUUUUACUCUUUUCGAUCAUUUCGAAGGAUGUGAUUUUUAACUUCAUUUUCGACUACGUAAAUCAAUAUUCGGCAAACAUUUCCGUCAAAGUUUCGAUUCGACAAACGCUUAAGAGUCUGGUAAACAACGAGCAAAAUAUUUUCAAAAAUAAUUUCUCCGAUUUCCAAUCGAUCAUGCAUAAUUUGACGAAACUAUUCUCAUUCGAUCAUGAGAUACUAAGAUACGCUUGGACGCUCGAUUUGAACGAAAAUCUUUUCAUUUUCACCUUAAAGGAUAAAAUUGACAGUUUCAUUUAUACAAUUGAUUUAAUGUUUGGCUUUGUCUAUCGCAAUUUCAAGAACGUACAAAGGAAAAUUGUUUACAAGUAUUGCUGUGAUCACGUUGAUUCGUCAAGUUUCAGUCACAUUUUUUCUACCUGUAAUCGUACGACAAAUAUACGUCAUUCUGGCCAAAAAACCAUCAGAAUAAGGGGUUCGUUAACAGAAUUGAAUUUAUUGUGGAUCGAAACUGAAAACGAAAUAAAAAUUUAUUUCAAGUUUGAAAUGGACAUUUUGAUAGAAAUAAUUUCAAUUUUGCGGCAGAUUCCAAAUAUUACUGACGAUAUAUUAGCUGGCAAACAUCAGAGUGGAUGCAACUUAUUUAAAUUUUGGCAUCAUAUUCAUCAUAUUCAUCAUAUUCAUGGAUCACGUCACAAGCUCGUUCGAAAAUUGACCGAAUUUCCGGUAAUAUUUCAAGUGUUGCUCAAUUUACUUAGAACUGAGUUUGAUGCGAACAUUUUCGAUGAACUUUUGAAACGAAAUAAAUUCACACAUUUCCUGGAGUUGAUUCCCAACAAAUUAGAGGUUGGUGAGAUCUUUUUGAACAAUUUCGAAAAAACUCUCAAAUGCGUUCAAGAUUCGAAUGAAUCUGAAAUCGAACAACUUUGGAGUAAACUUGAAGAAAGUUAUACAGAGUUGGAAACAAGGAACAGUUUUGAUAAUAGAAUGUUUCUCCUUCGAAUUAUAAUUAAAUUGAACCUAAGACUUUGUAGUCACAUUUAUUUCGAAGAUCGUGAGUUCGACUAUGGAUGCGAUGAUGUUGAGCUGAUUGUUUUCGAGCUAUCGAGAAGAAAUUUUAAAUUCGAUUGCUUACAGGAGUUUUGUUCAAAGUUUGAUGAGAUUACAAGAAACAGGAAGGGUCUCUUAGACAUUUUACUGUUUGAAAAUGCCGUUCGCUAUAAUAAUCCUAAUUUUUUGUCGAAAGUCAUAAAUUUAAAGUGGGAAAUCUACGUCACUUUACUAACCGAAUUUCAGCAGUUCAUUUGCUAUUCACGUCAACGUAAGAAAUACUUUUACGCAAAAACUCUAGAAUUUUCAUGCAACUAUGCGAUCGAAAAGGUUUUCUUCGAUGUGUAUGAAACUUCACAAAAUGAAAAACUAUUCCCCACUCGUGAGCUAGUUCAGAUGUUUAAAUUACCUAAUUUGAAACAAUUCGUCAAAUAUUCGACUUUGGAUGGUUGCACUAAAUUUGCAGGAAUCAUGGCCAAAAUAUUUCGCAAUGAUAAGGACAAAUUAGAAGCAAUGCUUAUGGGGAGAUAUAAUCCAAAUUUUAUAGAUUAUGGAAACAGGUCGAUUUUAGCAAUUAUUAGAAAUAAUCCUGAAAAGCUGAAAUGUUUUAGGGAGCUUCUAGUUUAUGCAGUCCGGGAAAACGAUAAAGAUGAAUUUCCAAUGAAGCCGACUAUCACCAAUGCAGAAUUUUUUGAAAAAUGUGCAGAAGUUUUCAACUGUUUGAUGCUUUUGGAGGAAUUUAUGAUUGGCGAUAAAAGUAUUUUCAUUUUUAUAGAAUCAGCAAAUCUCUAUUUAAAUACAAAAAAUCUACGGCUAUUGACUUAUUUUGCUCUCCAAUCAAAGUUUAAAGAGAUUGCAAUCAAUUGGGAAAUUCUAUUCAGUGACCUUGUUCGGUCUAAUUUCAAUGAAACUGUUCAUGACGAUGAUGAGAUCAUUGAACAAUUGGAAAAUUGUGACGAAAACAUUCGAAAUACAUUUUUCGAUGUUCUUGUCGCUAGCUUCGUAAUUAAAUUGAUUAAUAAUUUGGAAGAUGACAAAUCCGACACAAAUCAAAAUGUUUUGAAAGGAAAUUCUGAUGAAAAUCUAAAAUCUUUUUUAAUUUUCAUAUCGUCCAGCGAUAGUUGCUCGAAUAUUCGAAAGAUAUUGGUACAUUCGUUUGAGGCACCAUCGUUUACGCUAUUCAAUAAGAAGAAAAUUCCAUCGGAAUUUCUCAAAAAUUUUCCUCAUGAUUUGAACUACAAUCGCUAA